AUGGCGACAAAGUUCAUCGUCUUUGGCCCAACCGGCAAGAUCGGCAGCGCCGCCGCCCAAACGGCCCACAAACUCGGCGCCGAGGUUUUCUUGGCUAUGCGUGACACCACAAAGCCCAUCCCUGGCCUGGACGCCGCCGGCAAUCUUGAGCGCGUCCAGGCCGAUCUGACCGAUCCGGCAUCGGUCCGCGGUGCAGUCGAGAAGACGGGCGCCAAGCACGCCUUCAUCUACCUGGCACACGGCGGCGAGCCCGGGAUGCGCUCCACUGUCGAGGCUCUCAAGGCCGGCGGCGUCGAGUUUGUCGUCUUCAUCAGCAGCUUCUACACCUUCGGCGACGACCCACACGCCGCGGCCGAGUCCGACGACGCCAUCACCAAGUACCACGGCAUGGUCGAGGUGUCGCUGCACGAGGUCUUUGGACCCCGUAACUACAUCGCCCUCCGUCCAGGCUACUUUGCCAGCAACCUGGAACGCUACGCCGCGCUCAUCAAGUCGGGCAAGGCGACGCUCGACAACCCGGAGUGGAAGUGGGACUACAUCGUGCCCGACGACAUUGGCGCCGUCGCCGGCAACCUGGGUGCAAAGGGCCCCGCGGCAAUCAAGAGCGAGGUCGACGAGGGCAGAAGCCACAUCGUGCUGCUGGGUGCGCAGUUCAUUUCGCUGCGGGAAGCUACCCAGCUGGCCGCACAAACGGCGGGUCUGCCCGAGUUGGCGGUGGAAGGAUUCGAGAACGACCAGGAGGCAUUGAAGUAUUUGGUGGAAACCUAUCACUUACCCGCGCCGAUUGCGCUGUCGUUGCUCACACCGCAGGAUGUGUACACUGAGGAGGGGCUCAGAACUGGCGCCGAGAACGUUCAGAAAUUUUCUGGGCGACCGCCUACCACUUUGAGGGAUUGGUUGGAGGUGAACAAGCAAAUAUUUGAAUGA